AUGAGGUUUAUACUCUUAAAAUUUUUUAAUAAUUUAAAAAACUAUAACGUUAUAAUAGUGAAUUUUGCUCAUCAUCAAGGAAUUGUAUGUAAAAUUAUACAAAUAAUUGAUUUGAAAUAAAAAAAUAACAAUAUUAACAAUAUUUUCCAAAAAUGCAAAGUAAACAAGAAGAUCAAAUAUAUUAAAAAAAUAUUUAAAAAAAAGAUUUUAAAGCUGAAAACUAAAGACUAUUAAAGACUUUUGACAUAUAUAGCAAGCUUCUUGUUGAAAAACAACAUACAAUUGCUCAAACAUAAAAGAUUAUUGCUGAAUAAAACUAGUUUAAUGAACUAAUUCUUGCUGAAAAAAAACGGGAUCUUGCUGAAUAUUAACAGAUUCUUGCUGAAUAUUAACAGAUUCUUGCUGAAAAAAAACAGAUUUUUGUUGAAAAAGACUAGUAUAUUUAACAGAUCGUUGCUGAAAAAGACAAGAUGUAAGAAGAACUCCAAUAACUACGUAAUUUGA